AUGGCCAUGAGCGCGGCCACCGCCGCCACGCUCCUCCCGAGGUCCAGCACCGGCACGCAGCGCCUCGCCUCCUCCUACCCCUCCUCGUCGGCAGCUCACGGGAGGAGCCGCCUCCUUCCCGUCAGAUGCCAGUCGCCCGGAGUUGACAAAACCACUAAGCCUAAGAGGAACUUGUUCGACAACGCCAGCAACCUUCUCACCAAUUUGCUCGCUGGCGGCAACCUCAAGAAUAUGCCGGUUGCCGAAGGUGCUGUCACUGACCUGUUCGACCGGCCCCUUUUCUAUUCGCUCUAUGAUUGGUUCCUCGAGCACGGUUCUGUCUACAAACUUGCUUUUGGACCCAAAUCAUUUGUUGUCGUCUCUGAUCCAAUUGUUGCUAGAUACAUCCUGCGAGAAAAUGCUUUCUGUUAUGAUAAGGGAGUUCUCGCUGAAAUUCUAGAACCAAUAAUGGGGAAGGGUCUUAUACCUGCUGACCUUGAUACCUGGAAGCAAAGGAGAAAAGUUAUAACUCCUGGGUUCCAUGCCUUAUUCAUAGAAGCUAUGGUGAGAGUAUUUAACAAAUGUUCAGAGAGAACCAUAUUGAAACUUGAAGCACUUAUUGAAAAGGGAGACCAUGGUGACAAAUCUACCAUAGUGAACCUUGAAGAGGAAUUCUCCAAUUUGGCUCUCGACAUAAUUGGCUUGGGAGUGUUCAAUUUUGAUUUUGACUCUGUUAAUAAGGAAUCUCCUGUAAUCAAGGCAGUAUAUGGUACUCUUUUUGAAGCUGAGCAUCGAUCCACCUUUUACAUCCCUUACUGGAAUCUUCCUUUAACUCAAUGGAUAGUGCCAAGACAGCGGAAGUUCCACAGCGACCUCAAGGUUAUCAAUGAUUGCCUUGAUGAUCUUAUUAAAAAUGCAAAAGAAACAAGACAGGAAGCUGAUGUGGAAAAACUCCAGCAGAGAGACUACUCAUCAUUGAAGGAUGCCAGCUUACUGAGGUUCCUUGUUGACAUGCGGGGAGCUGAUGUUGACGACCGCCAGCUUCGGGAUGAUCUUAUGACAAUGCUUAUCGCCGGACAUGAAACAACUGCGGCUGUUCUGACAUGGUCUAUUUUUCUACUGGCCCAGAAUCCCACGAAGAUGAGAAAAGCCCAGGCAGAGAUUGAUUCUGUACUGAUCGAUGGGGUAAUCACUGCGGAAAAGCUCAAGAAUCGGAGUACAUAA